GCUGUCGUAAAAUUCCAUGACCUUGCGUAAGGACCGACUUGCGGCACGUUACGGGGCGAUCGAAAAUGGCGGCGUUACUCGGCAGUGCGCUGAAAGCUGGGCGGUUUGCGAGAGCGGGGGUCCGGUUGUUCUGCACCAACAAUGUGGCCACCCCAAAAAUCACCACACACUGGUCAGUCCUGCCACGGGACAAGGACACCAGAUGGAGCGAAGUUGACAUGGAGAGAGUGUCAGACGAGGUGGAUGUGUGUAUAGUGGGAGCAGGACCAGCCGGCCUGUCAGCAGCCAUCAGACUGAAACAGCUGGCCCAGCAGCAUGAGAAGGAACUGAGGGUACUGGUACUGGAGAAGGCUGUGGAAGUGGGUCUGCACACAUUGUCAGGAGCCUGCCUGGAGCCACAUGCACUAAAUGAGCUCAUACCAGACUGGAAGGAGAGAGGAGCGCCAAUGCAUACUCCCGUGACACAAGACAGGUUCAAUCUACUCACUGAAAAGUACAAGAUUCCUAUUCCCAUACUACCAGGGCUUCCGAUGCACAACACUGGGAACUACGUGGUCCGUCUGGGCAACUUUGUCCGCUGGAUGGGCGAGCAGGCUGAGGAACUGGAGGUCGAGAUUUACCCAGGGUGCCCUGUCACAGAGGUGUUAUACCAUGAAGAUGGCAGUGUAAAGGGAGUGGCUACAAGUGAUGUGGGCAUUGCAAAGGAUGGAGCGCCUAAGGAUUCAUUUGAGCGAGGGAUGGAGUUCCACUCCAAGGUGGUGAUCUUUGCUGAGGGCUGCCAUGGACACCUGGCCAAACAACUGUACAAGAAAAUGGACCUGAGGAAGAACUGUGAACCACAGACCUAUGCCAUCGGACUAAAGGAGCUAUGGGAAGUCGAUCCAGCCCAGCACAGGCCAGGCAGAGUAGAGCACACUGUGGGGUGGCCGUUGGACAGAAUGACAUACGGUGGAUCUUUCAUCUACCAUCUAGGAGAGGGGGAGCCUCUGGUCUCCGUUGGCUAUGUGCUUGGCCUGGACUACACCAACCCUUACAUCAGUCCCUUUAAGGAGUUCCAGAGGUGGAAACACCAUCCUGCCAUCAGACCCACGUUUGAGGGGGGCAAGAGGAUAGCUUACGGGGCAAGGGCUCUCAAUGAGGGAGGAUUCCAGUCCAUUCCCCAGCUGGCUUUCCCAGGAGGUUGCCUGAUUGGCUGCAGCCCAGGUUUCAUGAACGUGCCUAAAAUCAAAGGAACGCACAACGCCAUGAAGUCAGGCAUGGUCUGUGCCGAGGCCGUCUUCGAUAAACUUACAGACGAGAAUCUUCAGUCAGAAACUCAGGGAGUGUUUGUGGAUGACUAUGAGCAGAGAAUGCGGGACAGCUGGGUGUGGAAGGAGAUCAAAAGUGUUCGGAACGUCAGACCAUCAUUCCACUCCCCCCUGGGACUGUAUGGUACGCUCCUGUACACCGGAGUCUUCUACUACCUGCUCAGGGGGAAGGAACCAUGGACCUUCUCUCACGGGGGUGCGGACUACAAGAGGUUAAAGCCGGCGUCAGAGUGCACGCCCAUCGAGUACCCCAAACCUGACAACAAGAUCAGCUUCGACCUGCUGUCGUCGGUCGCCCUUAGCGGCACCAACCAUGAGGGGGACCAGCCCGCGCACCUGACGCUCAUGGACGACGCAGUUCCUGUCAACCAGAACCUGGGGAUAUACGAUGGGCCAGAGCAGAGGUUCUGUCCUGCAGGUGUAUAUGAAUAUGUUCCAAUGGAAGAUGGCAAGACCAUGAGACUACAGAUCAACGCACAGAACUGCGUCCACUGCAAGACUUGUGACAUCAAGGACCCCAGUCAGAAUAUCAACUGGGUCACCCCCGAGGCAGGGGGAGGUCCAGCGUAUAACGGGAUGUAGUCACACAAAUCAACAGCCUUAGAAACUAGCAAUAGAGUAAAAUAUGUGGUAUGGAAAUACACAGUUGAAGAGCUAGCACAGUACAUAGAUGGUAGUUUUGUGACAAGAGUUUUGUUUCAUCUGAUUAUGUAAGAAAAUGUUAUUUUCUUUAUUGAAGGUGACAGUUGUGAAAAUAACUAAACUUGUUGAGAUUAAGGUUGAAGAUUUUUCUUUCCUCUUAAUUAUUAAGACCAAUUUAAAAAAGUAGAAUUUGUUUUAUAAAGGUGGUAACACUGGAUGUACAUGUAGUUAUUAUAACAUAUCCUAUCCUAUCCUGUUCCUUUAAAGACUUGUUGUGUAGUGGUUGAAUGUACAUGUACGUGUUCCAUACUAAAAAAACUUUGGGGAAAAACUUAAGUGGCCUUCUACUGUGGGGACUUUUGUCUAUAUGUGUACUUCAGUUAGCAAUGCUGAGAGCUUGCCAAAUGUAAUGAUACUAUGGUCCUAUUCCUAAUACCACCAAAUUCAAAUUCGCUGCAGCUUAAGAGUUACUGGUAGAACAAGUCAAUGUCAUGUGUAAAUGUUGUACGCAGCAAAAUUUAACUUAAACUGUAUCUUUGGGAUACUUGAACAUUGUGUACAAAAGCCAAUAGUUACUAACAGUGUCAUCCUUUUUUUUUUAAAUACAACAAUUACUGUAUAAGCAGUGCCACUAGAGAGGGUAGGCAUGUAUGUGUUUAUUGGACUCAGGGCUUUUACAUUGUGCGUGUUCUUUCACAUGCUAGGAUGUUGAAAAAACCUAACAACUACACUAUCAAAUCAAUGUGAAGUCAAAAUGCCUUGAAUGAUACUCCAAGCACUCUCUCUCUCUCUCUCUCUCUCUCUACCAAUCCACUACCUUGUAACAAUGUAACUUGUUAUAAUGUUGCCAAAGAACUGUCCAAUAAUGUACUAGACAGACAAGAAGAGCCACAUCUCUGUACAAGUUUAUUUUUUUCAUUGCCACCAUUACAAGUACAUUAUGUUCUAUGUACAUAUUGUUGAGCAUUGUUUUCCUCAAAUAAAAUACUAUGUUCUAUGGCAUACAUUACUUUC